AUGGCGGCUCCCGUGUCGCCCUUGGUUACUGGGCGCCGCCUGAUAAACGCUGCCAUUCGACCCGCCAAUCUCGUCCUAACUUGCUGGGGCCCGCGGAAAGCAUAUACAGUUCAGGUAGCAGAGAAAGCUGCCAGCAGUGGACUAGCAGAUGCUAAUUCGAAAGCCUUAUUGCUUUGCAAUGGACCUUUAGAACAUUAUGAAUUCCUUACCAAAGUGGAGCAGCUGAGGAAUGAUGAACAGCAAAUGAAAAUCAUGCGGUGCCUGCAGAAACUACAUGAAAGUCUUAAAGGCUACAAACUCAGUCCAAAACACAUAUUCUCAAAGCUUUUCCCAAGACGUAAACCUCCAAAAGGCCUUUAUAUCUAUGGUGAUGUUGGCACAGGAAAGACAAUGGUGAUGGACAUAUUUUAUUCUCAUCUACUAGUAGAAAGAAAAAAGAGAGUCCAUUUCCAUGGCUUCAUGCUUGAUGUGCAUAAAAGAAUACAUUGCCUUAAACAGAGUCUGCCAAAACGAAAAGCUGGAUUAAUGGCUAAAUCAUAUGAUCCAAUAGCUCCUAUAGCCGAUGAAAUAAGUGAGGAAGCUUGUCUCUUGUGUUUUGAUGAAUUUCAGGUCACAGAUAUUGCUGACGCUAUGAUUCUCAAACAGCUUUUUGAAAACCUGUUCCAAAACGGUGUCAUCGUUGUAGCCACAUCAAACAGGCCACCAGAAGAUCUCUAUAAAAAUGGGCUCCAGAGAGUUAACUUUGUGCCAUUUAUUGCUGUACUAAAGAAACACUGCAACACUAUCCAACUGGAUUCUGGAAUAGACUACAGGAAGCGUGCACUGCCUGCGGCAGGAAAGCUGUACUACCUCACAAGUGAAGCUGAUGUGGAGGCUGUCAUGGAUAAGUUGUUUGAUGAGCUGGCUCAAAAACAAAAUGAUUUAACUAGACCAAGGAUUUUAAAAGUACAAGGCAGAGGACUGAGAGUGAAUAAAGCAUGUGGAACCAUUGCAGACUUCACAUUUGAAGAGCUGUGUGACAAACCUCUUGGAGCCAGUGAUUAUUUGGAAAUAUCCAAGAAUUUUGAUCUGGUUUUUGUUCAUAAUAUACCUCUCCUUACAAUGGCAAAAAGAACCCAAGCUCGCCGCUUCAUCACUCUCAUUGAUACUUUUUAUGAAAAAAAGCUGCCAGCUGCAUUAACAUUUACAAUGGCUCAGCGGUUAAAGACACCAAGCUUGUCAGCUGGAGAGCUGACAGCCCAGGUUUGAGAACAGAGU